AUGUUCGCGUUUAAUCGCAAUCUUAUAUACUUAACCAAAGCACCCUUAUUAAAUUAUGUGGCGCGACGUUCUCUUAAAACAGCGACAAGAGAUAUAUCCAAAGGGAAUGUAAUUGAGUAUAAAGAUCGACAUUUCAUUGUCACAAAAGUAGAUUCUCAUUUUACAGGACGGGGUGUAUCAACGACAAAGUUCGAGUUAAAAGAUGCAAUAACUGGUCAAAAAUUGAUAGAACGAGUUAAACCCAAUGAUUCAUUUGAAGGUGGAGAGAAAUCUUUAAAACUUUUAGAUGAUAAUAUGAAUUUAACUGUUGCCUUUAUAGAAUCUGAAGGAGAUAAUCAGCCUGUUACAAUUCGUCUACCUUUGAUGUAUGCAUACACAGUGGUAUCUGAUACUCCAAAGAUUGGUCAUUCUACUAAAGCUCAAAAAGUUAUUGAAAUAAAAGGUGGAAUUCAAGUUCAAGUUCCUGAAUUUGUUAAUCCUUGCCAAUGA